AUGAAGCAGGAAUUAAACUCGCGCCUUAAUCACAUAAAGAAAUACGAAGAUCUUGAUGAAAGUAUUAGGGAGAGUAUUCAAAAAGAAAAUAAAAAGUUUCAUGUGUCCAACAAAGGCACAUUUGUGUAUAGUAAUGAAGGUUUGGUGAAGAAAACCAUUUCAGCAAAUGUUGAUGGCAGUAUUCAACAUAUGAUCGUAUAUGAAGAUAAGCAAGGUCAUCACGAUGAUCUAUAUCCACCUCAGGCUUAUGUUGAAUUAUCAAAUCUUAUGCCAAGUCCAGCAAUUACGAAAAGCGGAGCUUUACGCAGGGCAUCCUCAUCAUCCAAAACCGGUAAUUCCAAAUAUUCAUUGCCAAAAAUCCAAGAUAACCAAUUCAAGGACAAUCAAUUCAAGGACAAUCAAUUCAAGGACAACCAAUUCAAGGACAACCAAUUUAGAGAUAACCAAUUUAGAGACAACCAAUUUAAAGAAGAACAAUUUAAAGAAUUUAAAGAAGAGCAAUUUAAAGAAUUUAAAGAAGAGCAAUUUAAAGACAACCAAUUUAAAGAAGAACAAAAAAUAAUAUUCACACUUCCACCCAAUCCAUUUAAUGCAUUUCAAUUCCAAUCGAUUCCAAAUUUUUCUGGUAAAACUGAUGCAUAUUCUCCUGUGAUCACGCCGGUUAAUGGAAUGUUUGAUAAUGGAGACCAUCAAACGUUUAGAGAUAUUUUACCAGGAACUGUAUGCUGUCAUAACAAGCCUAUUAUUAUGAGGGAACCACUUAUUCCUUCAUCUUUACCAUCACUUCCUGAUGUUAUCAAUCCGCAAUACUUUGAG